AUGAGUUCGAAAAGGGUUACUUGGUUGUCUUUAACUUGGGUUCUGGUUUUCUUAUGUCUAAGUGUUGAGUUAGAAGCUCAGCUUCAAGUGGGGUUCUAUAGAACCUCAUGUGGCUUGGCUGAAUUCAUAGUGAAAGAUGAGGUUGGGAAAGGGUUCAUGCGGGACAGUGGGGUGGCUCCUGGCCUGGUCAGAAUGCACUUUCAUGAUUGUUUUGUUAGGGGUUGCGAUGGGUCAGUGCUCAUCGAUUCGACUCCCUCAAACACAGCAGAAAAGGAUUCUCCUGCUAACAACCCUAGUCUUAGAGGGUUUGAAGUCAUUGAUAGAGCAAAGGCUAGACUCGAAGCUAUGUGCAAGGGAGUGGUUUCAUGUGCUGAUAUAGUUGCCUUUGCAGCAAGGGAUAGCGUGGAGAUAACCGGAGGGCUUGGCUAUGAUGUCCCUGCAGGAAGAAGAGAUGGCAGAAUUUCACUAGCUUCAGAGGCAUCGACAAACUUACCACCCCCGACCUUUACUGUCGACCAACUCACUCAGUUCUUUUCAAACAAAGGAUUGACACAGGAUGAAAUGGUGACUCUCAGUGGAGCACACACAAUUGGCCGUUCGCAUUGCAGUUCCUUCAGCAACAGGUUGUACAAUUUCAAUGGAACAUCGGGCCAGGACCCUACUCUAGAUCCCCAGUAUGCAGCCAGUUUGAAGACACAGUGCCCACAAGGUAGCACAAAUACUAACUUGGUGGUUCCAAUGAACCCCUCGAGCCCAAGCAUCACAGACGUAGGCUACUAUGUUGAUAUUCUAAGAAACAGAGGUUUGUUUACAUCAGAUCAGACUCUCCUAACAGACACGACAACAGCAACCCAAGUAAGACAAAAUGCAGGGAACCCGUUUCUCUGGAAGAACAAAUUUGCUUCUGCAAUGGUGAAGAUGGGCCAACUUGGUGUCUUAAUCGGUGAAGCAGGAGAGAUUCGAGCCAAUUGCAGGGUUAUCAACAGCUAAAGAGAGUAGAGGAUUGAAGUAUCUACAAGCUGGAUGCUUCAUCCUAUCAACUUCCAGUCAUUUGGUUUUGAAUCUUGUGUUUGUAAUGUGUGCAACUAUGAAAUAAGCAAUGGCAUGUCGGUGAGUAGGAUAAUAAUUGGUUGAAAAUGAAAUAAUAGAUAAUCCAAAAUGAACAUUUCAGCCUAA